AUGUUGUUCUCCGCUUCCAACCGCAAGGGCGGUGCCCUGCUCUUCCUCUUCUCUCUCUUGAGCUCCCUACUCCUCUUCUCCUCCCAGGCGAGCACCGCCUUGGCCGCCCCCAUUGACGGCUUCGAGACUCUCUUCAUCCGGGACAAGGACAUCCCGGACAAGGCCGAGGUCGAGAAGCUGAUAAAGCCCGAGAACCUCGACGGUUUCUCCAAGUACGCCAAGAAGGACGAGCCCGGCAAGGACAAGUCCAUCUUCUUCACCGGCCAGAGCCCGCAGGACAUUGCCAAGAUCGUCAAGGCGGCCCAGGACCACAAGCUCACCAGCAUCCGCAACCUCUGGAAGAACCCAAACUUCUACAACCGCGGCCAGUACAAAGAGGUCGACGAACAUACCUUUAGGGAGUUCCAGAAGGCCUUCUCCAAGUUCUACGCCAAGCGCAGCGAGGGCAAGGCUUACCUGAUCUUCCCCCACGACAAGCAACCGUCCAAGGAUGGUAUCUUCUACAGUAUCGAGCUACCCGAGAUCAUUGAAAAUAAAAAGGUCAACAAGAUUGUCUGGAUUGACCAAAACAAGUUGACGGACAAGAACUAUAAGUGGGAGGAUGAGAAGAAGAUCUACUGGGAGAAGCCGAAGCCCUAA